AGCCACCCCUAGGUCACAAAGAUGGGGGAAAUGGAACAGAUGAAGCAGGAAGCUGAGCAGCUGAAGAAGCAGAUUGCGGAUGCCCGGAAAGCCUGUGCAGACACAACGCUUGCUCAGAUUGUGUCUGGAAUGGAGGUUGUUGGCCGCAUCCAGAUGCGGACCCGAAGGACCCUGCGUGGGCACCUGGCCAAGAUCUACGCCAUGCACUGGUCCACAGACUCCAAACUUCUGGUCAGUGCCUCACAAGAUGGGAAACUGAUUGUGUGGGACACAUACACAACCAACAAGGUUCAUGCCAUUCCUUUGCGUUCUUCCUGGGUCAUGACCUGUGCCUAUGCCCCCUCAGGCAAUUUUGUGGCCUGUGGGGGCCUCGACAAUAUGUGCUCCAUCUACAACCUCAAGACUCGUGAAGGCAACGUCAAAGUGAGCAGAGAGCUCUCAGCCCAUACAGGUUACCUGUCCUGCUGCCGAUUUCUUGACGACAACAAUAUUGUGACUAGCUCUGGAGAUACCACAUGCGCGCUCUGGGACAUCGAGACAGGGCAGCAGAAGACAGUGUUCAUCGGUCACACUGGAGACUGUAUGAGCUUGGCUGUCUCCCCAGACUUCAAACUCUUCAUCUCUGGGGCUUGCGAUGCUACUGCCAAACUGUGGGACGUGCGGGAGGGCUCCUGCCGCCAGACCUUCUCCGGGCACGAGUCCGACAUCAAUGCCAUCUGCUUCUUCCCCAACGGCGAGGCCAUCUGCACGGGCUCGGAUGAUGCCACCUGCCGCUUGUUCGACCUGCGGGCGGACCAGGAGCUCAUUGUGUACUCGCACGAGAGCAUCAUCUGCGGGAUCACCUCCGUCGCCUUCUCCCGCAGCGGGCGCCUGAUGCUCGCCGGCUACGACGACUUCAACUGCAACAUCUGGGACGCUCUGAAAGCGGAGCGUGUGGGAAUCCUUUCUGGCCAUGACAACAGAGUGAGCUGCCUCGGGGUGACAGCAGACGGUAUGGCUGUUGCCACUGGCUCCUGGGACAGCUUCCUCAAGAUCUGGAAUUGAGGACAGCAGCAGAGAGGGGAAGCACAGCAGGAGCACGGCCGCAGCCCGAGCCCAAGUGAACAGCACAGCCAGCUGAGCGCAAACGAAACGCCCACCUACCACUCCCACUUGUCUCUAGACACAGGUCACUGUAGGGGUCUCCAGAGUGGAAAAGAUAGGUUGGGGAUGGGGAGCAGGGGGAGCAGGAGCUGAGGAGCAGGAGCACGUGCACUGGCCCUUCUCUCCACCUCUAAACAGGCCCAGCGGGUUCCAGCCUCGUGCAGGCUCAAAGACCUGCAAAAUACAGUUCAUUAUGACUCAGGAGUUUACAGCACACUUCAGACACCCUGCAUCUUCCCUCAAACACCUCUACCCACAUUGAAAUCCAUCCCUCAGAAGACCUCUCAUCCAACAACUCCGUCCCUGACUUAACUCUACCUAGCUUCCCUGGAAAGCUAUCCAGACAGCCUGAGAGACAUCCUGGAUCUGAGAUGUCUAUCAAGCAACCUCAAACCAAAAGCUAGCAUAACACCAGGCUCGACUUAGUUCAAGUCUAUCUAUGCAUAGAUGGGGGAAAGGAAGCCCUCAGACCUGCAAAGUACCAGGGAAUGUUCUAUUCUUAUGUAUUGUAUGCUUCUUGCUGUUCCUUCUUUUUGCCUCACUCCUGCAUUGUGUGGUGACCCUGUCUACCCAUUAGUCAUCAACCCGUUUUCAAGUCUGCUCUAGCUCUUCAUAGCCCUGACAAAUAAAGC